GCCUGUGUCUCUCUGACACUCGCAGCUGCUGCUUCUCCUCCACCGCAGCACGUCGGGGUGUUUAUCCCCUAUUUCGUGAUGUAUUUUAUCAAGUGAUGAACGGCCCGUUGAACUAAGUUUGGGCGCAGCGAUCUCCCCCCAGCCACCUCUUCGUGGAGACUCUCAGCCCUGGAGGCCUCUGGCUGGCAGCAGCCUCGCAAGCCUCUAUUCCCCUCCCUACCUCCCUCCGUCACCUCCCCUUCUGCCCUCCCUCUUCCGUACCCCUCCCCCUGGUUAUUUGGAAGAUUAGAGUUCAUUAAUUAAAUCCUGUGCUUAGAUCGAACUGUAACAUUAUUCCAAUCACAUUUAUCUUGCAGGCGGCGGCGGAGAUGGCAGCCUCGCUGGAUACGCGCAGGGGAGCCUGAGCCUGGGACCCACGGGGCGCUGCGCGCUCCAUCACCCCGCAGACCCUCCAUCUUCCUGCUCGGCUCCGAGGGACCCUUGAUCGCCCCUGCUCUGGGGAGAGGGGUGUCCCCCUUCUCUCGGGACUCCUGGCCGUCUCCCCACACCACCACCAGCCCUCCCCGCCCUCGGCGGCUCAGCUGCCGGGAUCCCCCUCCCCCGUCACAAGCGCUCACAAGCGCCCGUGAGCACACACACGCGCACACACACACACACACACACACACACACACGCUGAGACACGCCAGAGAGAGAGACAGAGAGAGAGGGAGAGAGCGAGAGCGAGAGCGAGCUGUUCAAUGGACCGAUUUCCCCGGUUUCCCUGAACCCAGCCCAGCCCGGGAUGAGAAACUGCAAAAUGGCCCGGGUCGCCAGUGUGCUGGGGCUGGUCAUGCUCAGCGUCGCCCUGCUCAUUCUCUCGCUCAUCAGCUACGUGUCCCUGAAAAAGGAGAACAUCUUCGGUGCUCCCAAGUACGCCAGCCCCGGGGCGCCCCGAAUGUACAUGUUCCACGCGGGAUUCCGGUCACAGUUUGCGCUGAAGUUUCUAGACCCGUCAUUUGUGCCCAUUACGAAUUCUCUCACUCAUGAACUUCAAGAGAAACCUUCUAAGUGGACAUUUAAUCGGACAGCAUUUUUGCAUCAAAGGCAAGAAAUUCUUCAGCAUGUCGAUGUAAUAAAAAAUUUUUCUUUGACCAAGAAUAGUGUUUGGAUUGGACAACUGAUGCACUAUGAUUAUUCCAGCCAUAAAUAUGUUUUCUCUAUUAGCAAUAACUUCCGAUCACUGCUUCCAGAUGUAUCACCCAUUGUGAAUAAGCAUUAUAAUAUCUGUGCAGUGGUUGGAAAUAGUGGAAUCCUGACAGGGAGUCAGUGUGGACAAGAAAUAGAUAAAUCAGAUUUUGUUUUCCGUUGCAAUUUUGCCCCUACGGAGGCUUUCCAAAGAGAUGUUGGAAGGAAAACCAACCUCACCACUUUCAACCCCAGCAUCCUGGAAAAGUACUACAACAAUCUUUUGACCAUUCAGGACCGUAACAACUUCUUCCUCAGCUUAAAAAAGCUUGAUGGGGCCAUUCUUUGGAUCCCAGCAUUUUUCUUCCACACUUCUGCAACUGUUACCAGAACACUAGUUGACUUUUUUGUUGAACACAGAGGUCAGUUAAAGGUCCAGUUGGCUUGGCCUGGAAACAUAAUGCAACAUGUCAACAGAUACUGGAAAAACAAACACCUGUCACCUAAACGGCUGAGCACGGGGAUCCUCAUGUACACCCUGGCAUCUGCAAUAUGCGAAGAGAUCCACCUGUAUGGAUUCUGGCCCUUCGGGUUUGACCCCAACACAAGGGAAGAUCUCCCAUACCAUUACUAUGACAAAAAAGGAACAAAAUUUACCACCAAGUGGCAGGAGUCCCACCAGCUGCCUGCUGAAUUUCAGCUGCUGUACCGAAUGCAUGGGGAAGGGCUCACCAAGCUGACUCUGUCACACUGUGCCUAAGAACUCUGAAUGGAAAGUGCCAAACGGCUGUUUAAAAAGUGCCCCAAAUCCAAUUGAAUCAUCGUCAAAAUAGUACCCCAAACACUGUCUUACAAGGCUGGUCUGUCACUUCAAAGAAAGACGUCUUCUCUCCCUCUGUUGCACUGCUCUUUGGAUGGUCUUAGCAGACUCAGCCGCACAGGUGCAUUGAAGCCACAUGAUUUAGACUUGGUUAGUAAAAGGAAUGUUGUGUGUCGAAGUAUGCUGCUAACAAAAUGGUUCCAAGUAUUUUCAUGUUUGUAUUUUGAUGGUAAACUGCCUGCCAUAUGGGUAAGGCCUAAGCUGUAGUCCCCUCCAGUUUGAUGAGACACAGUCUUCAUAAUCAAAGGCCUUGGGCCAGCUGGGGCAGAAUCUCUUUUGUUUUGGAAUCAAAAAAAAAAAAAAAAAAACAAA